CACUCGCGCGUGCUGGAGGACUCUGUGUGUGUGUGACGGAGAGAGAGAGUGUGUGUGUGUGUGUUUGGACCAGCAGAGAGGAGCAGCUCGUCAGUCGUGCAGCGGGCGAUGCCAUCGACGAGACGUCCGCUCGGGCUCUCUUCCUCUCACGCACCCCAACACUGAGUGACGAGGUUUUCCACGCGCUCACACAUGACGCCGGGCAGAAGUCUCCGCUCUGGAUUGUAACUGGAGCCUCACGGAUGGUUUAGAACGGGCGUGAAGGUGCGGGACGGGAGUGGGACGUUAACAGGAUGAGUGAGCGCUACACGUCAGUCAGAAGUAAAGGGGCUGUACUCGCCGUGAUGCUUGUGAUGAGCGUUCUGGAGAUGUCUCUGCCAAUUCAAGCAGCUUCAGCCCACCAAGUCCGGACAGGAACCUGCGAGGUCGUGGCUCUGCACCGCUGCUGCAACAAGAACAAAAUCGAGGAGCGUUCUCAAACCGUCAAGUGCUCCUGCUUCCCCGGUCAAGUGGCCGGGACCACCAGAGCUGCCCCGUCAUGCGUUGAUGCCUCCAUAGUGGAGCAGAAGUGGUGGUGUCAGAUGCAUCCGUGCCUCGAUGGAGAGGAGUGCAAAGUUCUCCCUGAUCUGAAGGGCUGGAGCUGUGCAACAGGGAACAAGAUCAAAACAACCAAGAUUUCAGCCGACAGAGACCAACUUUGGUAACAUUGGAUACUUCCAGGUAAAUCUAACAGGAUGAUUUAAAGACGAGCGCGGAGGGCCCCUCUUGUAAAUACAGACUUCUCAGUGGAUCGCUGUUCUCCUUGGGAAAAUCAGAUUUUCUGGGACUCUUCCAGAAACGAAGAGCAGAUCAGACCCAGAAGUGGCUCAAUGCCUGGCUGUCAAAGACUGGCCUGUCUGGAUUUCACUCGUCUACAUCCGCCGCUGAUCAUGACUUUGCCAAUAUUGUGAGUUUAAAGACUAUAACUGGAAACACACCGGACACAGGAGAAGUUUCUGUGCGACCAAGAGAUUAGUUUUUGACCAUAUUGAGAAAAAUGUAUACUGCCAAUAAGUUGCUCACGUAGCUUUUUGACGAGGAAGUUUCCUGUACGCCUAUUUCUUCUUAGCUUUUGUGUGCGCUCAAGUUUCAUCCUUUUCGUUGUGUGGACGACGCACCGCAACCUCUCUGAGACGCCCUUUCACCAGCCCAGGUGACGCCCUGAAAGACCCGCUGAAAGAGUGCAGAUGAGCAGAUUUCUGUUGCUCUUUCUCUCACCAGCUCCCAACACAACGCCUCAUCCAGGCCCUUCAUCCUGCUCCUUUCUCACCAUCUGCUCCUGGCUCCAGCUCUGAUUACUCUGCUAACUGGAACUGGAUUUACUACACAGACGUAUCCCAACAACUCGAAGCCAGUCAUGUCAGACUGCAAGGGAGCAGGCAAGCUUCAAAACCAGCGAUCUCGAUCAGUCCUGGAUUCAAGUCCAACUGUCUCGAUGAGACUUCUAUUGUCAUUUAUACGGUGCUCUAUGAUGGAUGACGUGUAUGUGCGGGUGUGCGUGCGCGCUGCCCACAGAGUGUAAAUAUUUCAAAUAAUCCAGAGUUUUGUGAAAACAUACACGUACAGAUGUAUUCAAUAGGAGUCCACUAUCAUUUUAAAAGUAGCUCACAUUGCCAGAUUCGUUCCUCUUUUAUGGAAAGGAUGAGCUCUCACCUGCGAGAAGCUUCAUCUAUAUAAACAAACAUAAAACAUUUAUGGAUUCAUAAUAAAUAAAGGACAUCUAAAAACAAUGUUUUUCUAAUUCAGUCGAAAGGAUCUUGGUUUUGGGUGUUGAGGCCCAUGACACACAACCUCAUCGAAGACCAAAACGCACAACUUUUGUCCUUUUCUGGAUUUGCAUUAUGGAUUAAAGCAGCACAGUGAACAUGUAUCUCACACGAGGAGAACUCACAGAACACCUGAAUAACACCUGAGGUCAGAUGUGAGUCACAUAUAGAUGUUCAGAUAACUCCUUGUCUGAUAGGUGUCUUUGUGCAAGAUAGUUUUAAACAAAACGUGAACAGUCAUAGCAAUUUGAUCUCUUAGCACAAUACUGUACAGUCAUCUACAAUGACGAUGAUUUAGUUUUUGUUGCAUAAUGCCCAGUUUAUGGCUCAAGACACCGCACAGCCAACCAUGACCAUUAAAAACACAGACGACCAAAUGAGCAGGCAGCUAGUUUGCAAGGUGGCUAUUUAUUCUUUCAAUAGCAUGUGCUCAUUUCUUUUUACUGGUCAGUCGAGGGCUGGAGUCUCUCCCGGGUCCUUAGGGCGAGAGGCAAGGGACACUCUGGAUUGGUCUCUCUGGUCGGUUACAGGACACUUUUAGACAAACAACUGCGUACACACACUGUCAGAGCUGUGUUCACUUCACCAUCACCAAACACAGAGAUGGUUGUUGUGCUACCUGGUGAUCCUGUGUCUGGUGUGUUUUUGAUAUUAAACAUCUCGGAUUCUGAUGUUGGUAAAAACGUAACAUUUUCAACGUGAUUGUCAAACAAAAUAUCUGGUUGUGUGAAAUGAAUCAAACACUGAGAAUAGAACACAAAUGGGUCAUUUGUUGAAUACUUUAAUAUCUUCACCAAUACGUUUCUUUCUUUACUCUUUAUUUUCAUCUGAACUCUGGAAGUAAUAUUUGCUCACAAGACAGUAUUGGCGCUAACGUUUUUUUGCCUGAGAGUGUUCAAAUCCAGCAGCCAGGAUUGUUCCUGACACUUCCCUUGUCUGUAUAAGUGAUGACAUCAGUAAUAAACUACAUU